AUGCUUUCCUCCUGGCUUAUAAAGAAAAAAGAUACAGCUAGCGUACGGAAGCCGGCUGCAUCCUAUGUCAAGGWGAAUGGUUCUCAAAUGUCUUACCAGCUUCUUCGUCAUAACUCUCAGCAAAUGAGUCUCAAUGUGGACGACUUUAGAGUCUGCUUUACAAGAGCGCUCGAGGAGUGUGGACAUGCAGUAGACAUCGUCGACCAGUGGUGCCAUUCCGAGAGGCGCUUUUCUCUGCAAUUCGAUGAGCCUACAUUACGCGGAACUGUGCUUGAUAACGACAUCUCGCGAGCGGGUCUUGACAGUGACGAAGCACAGGCAGAAUACUUCCAAGGAAUGAAGCUAGCCAUCUGGUUUCGAGAGCACCAAAACGUCCUUGAAUGUCUCCUGAGACAUGCUCUUAACCUUCUCAAAUCACGGAAAGCCGAAGACCGGGAAUGGCAAGACACCGCGGCCGACUUGUUUACUUACUGGCCUAUCUUCAACAAGAAAGCGACUAAGAAGGAUCCAGUUCGUUCGCGCAUCAUCUUCGGUGCUGAUCCUAGCGAUCGAACACAACUCAUCGUCACCGAGGUGGACUUCUACACGAGUUUUGUGCGGGCAAUCGACGCGGCAAAGGAGCUCAAUGGUCAAGUCAUCAAUGUCGAAGCUUGGAUGCAUCCUGAAACGGUAUACACGUUCCGACAAAGCCAAGCUACAUUCGGAGAUGCUCUCGGCCCGGUUGCUUUCGUUGCCAUAGCAAGCACUACUGGCAAAGCAAACGAGAAUCACAUCAUCGACGCCAAGUGGUUCGAUCUUACCAAAUGGUUCGGCGAGCACCCUGGAGUCUUGCAGCGUACCUUUGAAAUAGCGUCAGAGCUGAUUCAGGAACAAUCUAGCACCCGAGCUGCACUGGAUGAUGAGGGGGAACUCGUCUAUCAUUCGGCUGUGUAA